AUGGGUUCGCUCGCUAGUUUCCUCUUCGUUUACGCCCUCGGUGGAAUCACCUUCAUUCCACUUGUAAUUUCUCUAAUCCUCCUCCAUGCAUACCUGACCCUUCCGUCUGCGCCGGAAUCGCAGCAGUCAUGCACGAAAACACCUGAUCCCCUCCGCCGGCCUACCGAUGACGACUCUAGUCUCAAGUCCGGCACCGACCAGCUGGCGGAGAAGUUCCACAGUACCCAUGAGUCCGACGUUGCAGCUGGAUACUUCGCCGUCUGCCGCGAAUAUGUUCCCGGUGGUGUGAAUGGGAAACCUCCCGAGAGAACGACCCCUGCAGGGGAAGUCGUUGCGGCCGAAAGUCCCAGCGUCUACCAGACUAUGUAUCGGAGUCUGUUUGACCGGAAGCAAGCGCCCAGCAUUGACCCGGCGAAGGCGAACGGCAAGACUGUCAAGCGCGCGCGGAAUGUGUUCUACAUCGUUCUUCGACAUGGCCACUUGAUGCUUUAUGACGAUGCGAAUCAAGUGGAGGUGCGAUAUGUUAUUUCGCUCGCUCACCACGUUGUCAGCAUAUAUGACGGCGGAGAGGGGGACAUACCAGAAGGAGAGCUGUGGCUCAAACGGAACGCCAUCUGCCUCUCACGGCGACUGGCAUCGCUGGGGGACCUAGGCGGACCGACUCCGCCGUUUUAUCUCUUCUCUGAAAACUUAUCCGAGAAGGAGGACUUCUACAUCGCCAUGCUCCAAAACCAAACCCGGCUGCAAGACUUGGCUGAUCGCCCGCCCAAACACCAGGAGUUCGACACCAAGCAUAUUGUCACAUUGGUUCAACGCCUGCACUCCUCCGAAGAGCAGUUGCAGACGCGCUGGAUCAAUGCUUUCCUUGGAAGAUUGUUCUUAGCGCUGUACAGGACGCCUGAAUUGGAAGCAUCUGUGCGCAGCAAAAUUGUCAAGAAGAUAUCUCGCGUCAACAAACCUAACUUCAUCAGCAAGAUCGGCUUGCAGAAGAUUGACAUGGGCGAAGGUGCUCCAUUCAUUACGAAUCCAAGGUUGAAGGACUUGACGGUUGACGGUAAUUGCUGCGUGGAAGCCGAUUUGCAGUACACUGGGAACUUCCGGCUCGAGAUAUCCGCAACGGUACGCAUUGACCUGGGACAACGAUUCAAGGCGAGAGAGGUCGAUAUCGUUCUUGCCGUUGUCUUGAAAAAGCUCGAAGGCCAUCUGCUAGUACGAUUCAAACCUCCACCGAGCAAUCGCAUCUGGAUGUCUUUCGAAACCACACCUAAGAUGGAAAUGGACAUCCAGCCUAUCGUCAGCUCGAAGCAAAUCACGUACAGUCUGAUCCUGCGCACCAUCGAGAGUAAAAUCCGCGAAGUGGUGGCAGAGAGCAUCGUUCUGCCUUUUUGGGAUGACAUUCCAUUCCACGAUACCCUCGGCCAGGCUUUCCGUGGCGGUAUUUGGCAGCGUGAUACUCCAGAGGCGAGUGACAAGGUAGAAAUACCAGAGAUACCCGACGAGUCCGGGGAGGCUCCUCCACCGAAGAGCGGCGGUGGUGAUCCCGCCGAAGUUCUCAAGCCCAAGGAUGAUCGCACGAUGAGCAUGCCUGUCCUUUCUGAGCCCAUGACAACCAAGGAUAAAUUGCGCAAAGGCCUGAAACAUUCGCUAUCGGACCUGCAAUCAAAGGAUGCCACUGCAACUUCCACUGGUAUCGAUCGCCCGGACAGCGCGCCGCUGCCUCGGGCCAUCCGGUCGCCGACUUUAGCACAUACCGCAGACCCAGUGGUCACUGCAGACAACGCCAGCGUCGAUAAGAUUAUUUCGGAAAGCAAAGGCGAUGAAAAGAGCCACGCAGCCAGUGCGAUGAUCGAGAUCUCAAGCCGAUCGCCACCUACAUCUCCCAACCGGACUCCGGGCACCUCACCUCCCACAGCUGGCCUGAUGAUGCCGGAAAAUGCGGUUCAUAGCCGCGAGUCAUCCAUUGCGGAGUCUAUAGACAGCUCUAGCUUUGCUCGCGACAAUGUUAUCCAAAGACCUUCUUCUACACGCAUGGAGAGCGGGUCCUUCUCCAGCCUGAGAAGUUCUAGAGGUAGUUCCUCGACCUCUGUCGUCAGCGACACGACUCGAAGGCGCAGUACAAUUGAGAGCAUCAUCGAUACUGCCAAAUCGUCUGAUGACAAGUUCUCCGGCUCUAUGACUCUUGGGCAAGCCACUGCUGCCGCUAAGAAGUGGAGUCUAAGCGUGUUUGGUAAAGGCGACUCAAGCACCGGCCAAGCGUCAUCGCGGACUCCCCAAGGGAUGCCUACCCAACCAAUUGGUCGUGGACAUCCUCAUCCACCACCUGGCACACCCUUACCGCGUCCAGACAAAUAUGCUUUGAAGAGAAACGCGGAGACUUUGCCCAAGCGUAAACCUGUGGCAGCGCACACCGUGCCUGAACGCCCCAAGACGGCUGAACGCUCCAAGGCGACAGAGCAGCCUCUUUCACCAUCGCCUUUGCCUCGCAGAAAACCGACGGCUCAUGGAAUGCGUGUUGACGAAAGCAUCGAUGAGCUGCUCGUGGUGGAGGCACUCCAGGACUCUGAGCCAAAUAGCCCAGCGCGUGGGGACAUGGAAUCAGACCAACACUUUAUGGCUCCAACUUCUGCCGUGAGUGAGACGUCUUCGAAGGCUGAACAGCUUGAAAGUGGCCCCGAUGACACAAAUGAGUCGUCUAGUAUUGAGUCGCUGCGCCCUGUUGAUCAGGCGCCUCCUCCAACGCCGGACAGCCAUGAGGCCUUGUCAUCUGCAGGAAGGGUGAAAGUCCCCUCGUAG